AUAUACACCGGUCACCGCUAUAUAUAAGACCUUAAUCUUACUAGGGCUUUUGGUUGCUCCCAUUUUUCUCAGAGCCGCUUCAGAGAGAAAGAGAGAGAGACAGCGAGAAGAUGAAGACCAUUCUCUCCUCAGAGACCAUGGAUAUCCCCGACGGUGUGAACAUCAAGGUCCACGCCAAGAUCGUUGAGGUGGAAGGCCCCCGUGGCAAGCUCACCCGGAACUUCAAGCACCUGCAGCUUGAUUUUCAGCUCAUAACUGACGAGGAAACCGGCAAGCGCAAGCUCAAGGUCGAGGCCUGGUUCGGAUCUAGGAAGACAUCGGCUGCGAUCCGCACUGCUCUCAGCCACGUCGAGAACCUUAUCACCGGUGUCACCAAGGGCUACCGCUACAAGAUGAGGUUCGUGUACGCCCACUUUCCCAUCAACGCCAGCAUCACAAACGGGAACAAGGCCAUCGAGAUCCGUAACUUUCUUGGUGAAAAGAAGGUACCCUUUUGGCUAUUUUCAAUUCGGUUUGCUCUGUUUCGUGGUUUUGGCAUGUGGGUGGUUUGGAUCAUGAAGAUUUAUGUUAAUUUCUGUUUGUUUGUGUUCUGGGACUUCUUUAAAUACGAAUUGCUGCUUGAUUUGUGGGGAUUGGUUACAGUAUUUGAAUGGGUUUUUCAUGUUUUUGGUUGAUG